UAUUACGAUUGUCAGUUAACAUAGGGCUUCCUUUGUGAGUUUGAGCGGUUUAUUGUGAGCGGCGGUGGCGGGUGUACCGUGACGAACAGCCCGUUGGAGGUGGGUUGAGGAGCAGAGGCGCAGAGUAGGCCUCUCCUCCCAAGAUGAGCAUGCACGGCAAGAGGAAGGAGAUUUACAAGUACGAGGCACCAUGGACCGUCUACGCCAUGAACUGGAGCGUGCGGCCCGACAAGCGCUUCCGUCUGGCACUCGGCUCCUUCGUGGAGGAGUACAACAACAAGGUGCAGAUCGUGGGGUUGGAUGAGGAGAGCUCAGAGUUCAUCUCCCGCAACACCUUCGACCACCCCUACCCCACUACCAAGAUCAUGUGGAUCCCGGACACCAAAGGCGUCUACCCCGACCUGCUCGCCACCUCCGGGGACUAUCUGCGCGUCUGGAGGGUGAGCGAUACUGAAACCAGGCUGGAAUGUUUACUAAACAAUAACAAGAACUCUGACUUCUGUGCUCCUCUGACUUCAUUUGACUGGAAUGAAGUGGAUCCAAAUCUCUUGGGUACUUCCAGCAUUGACACCACUUGUACAAUUUGGGGCCUGGAGACUGGUCAGGUGCUUGGCCGAGUCAAUCUAGUUUCUGGUCAUGUGAAAACACAGCUCAUUGCUCAUGAUAAGGAGGUGUACGAUAUUGCAUUCAGUAGGGCAGGAGGUGGUAGGGACAUGUUUGCUUCCGUGGGUGCAGAUGGUUCAGUGCGUAUGUUUGACCUUAGACACCUGGAACACAGCACCAUCAUCUACGAAGAUCCCCAGCACCAUCCAUUACUUCGACUGUGCUGGAACAAGCAAGAUCCCAAUUAUCUGGCCACUAUGGCAAUGGAUGGCAUGGAGGUGGUGAUUCUUGAUGUCCGUGUGCCCUGUACACCCGUGGCCCGGCUAAACAAUCACCGAGCAUGCGUGAAUGGCAUUGCCUGGGCGCCACACUCAUCAUGUCACAUCUGCACUGCAGCGGAUGACCACCAGGCACUUAUUUGGGACAUCCAGCAGAUGCCACGUGCCAUUGAAGACCCCAUCUUGGCAUACACAGCAGAAGGAGAAAUCAACAAUGUCCAAUGGGCAUCCACCCAGCCUGACUGGAUAGCCAUUUGCUAUAAUAACUGUCUUGAGAUCCUGCGGGUUUAGUUUUAACAACUGACACUAGCCAAGGGAUGGGAAAUGGGGGCUGUUGUGUGUGAUUGAUAUUGAUGGUGAAUGAGUUCAAGUUGAGAAUGAUUUUGCAAAUUUUCAGUGUUGUUAUUAUAUUCUGAGUGCAAUUGGCCCUUUCUGGAUUUAAAUUAACAAUUUGGAUCCCUGAUCCAUCCUCCCCUUAAAGUAAAUACCUAAACCAGUUAGGAAAGGACACUUUUAAUCAGCUAACCCUCUGGUAGUGUACAACAGUAGGAAUCUUUUUUUAAAAUGUCACUGUAAAUAACACUUUGCCAUAUUUUUAUGAUUGGAGUAGCUGAAUCUGGGGUAACUAGUUUCAGAAGAAGUCCUGUUCCCUAAUCCUCUGUCAGGUGACUUAAAUUCCAUGUUGGACUUGUACGAAUGGUUUUCUCUUGAUUUGAAAGACUAUAGUAUCUGAAAGGAUAGAUUCUAAUAGGGAAAUAAUUUGGCAGCUUGAAGGCUGUGAUAUUUGUCCAUAGUGAAGUUUUCAGAUUGGAGUGAAGCACCUCCUGGAGUAUCUAGGUGAGGAUUUUGCCGAAAGAUGGUUUUGAGAACACACUUUCAUUUAGCCCUCAUUUGUAGAAAUAGAAAAAAUGUCUGCAGAAUACCAUUAUGCUUUCAGUGGGUUUGUUUUCUCCAAGGCAGGCCCCGUUGAUAACAUAGGGUUUGCAAUGCAAAUGAGAUAUUGUUCUUGCCCUUGAAAUGGGCAGCACGACAUUGUGAAAGUAUGGUGCAGUAAAGUAGAUACGUUACAAUGACUGGCACUAGCCCCACUUGUAUAUUGGGUUAUCAUUUUAAUUUGGUUGCAGUGAGGCAAAUGUUUUCAACUGUUUAGUCAAACAUGAAAUUGUUUUUUUUUGUCUCAUUCACUAGGCCCCUGCCAAUUCUAUGGCAAGAUUAAUAAACCAUGAAUAGAUUUUGAGAGACACCCUGUGUACAAACUUUUGGAAUUUGUUGUGAUUGUUGACUUUUUGUUUGCCUUCUAAUAUAAACAGGCUGAAUUUGAAGUGUGUAAUUCCAGUCUAACUGGAUAGUUAAGUGAAGUUUUAUCAGUGCAGCACAACUAAGAGUCUUGCUGAAGUCAUGCUUUCUGAAUGCAUCGCAUUUCCCUUUCUUGCCCAUCAUCAAGAUGCCAGUGGUUUUACUUGACCUUUGUAUUUGGGGAAUAGAAGGGGCGUGGUGGUUAAAAGGGCAUCUUGGUUAGUCACUCCUUAACGUUGUGCCUUUGGUGAGAGGUAAUCAUUCAGGAGUGUAUUCAACAGCCCCUUGAACCUGCCCAUUGCUCAGUAAGUCCAAAUGUUAUUCCUUGAACAAAUGCUGUCUUUUCUCUUUCCACCUCACACCAAUGAAAAUGUUGAUGGAAAAGAUAAACUAACGAGAUGCACUGCGAUGAAGUACAAUUGAAUAGCAAUAAGUCUUCUCAGCUGCACUGAGAUUUGUUGCUAUGUGGCUAUGAUUGUGCAUUUUAACAGUAUGGCACCCAAUCCAGGUGAUGCUUUUUCUAUUGUCAAAUCUAAUAUAUAUUUGGCCUGAUGUUAUCACUUGGAAUGUGACUUGUAUUUGUGGGGUUUUUAGUCUUCCAGCAGCAGCAAGUUGCGGAUUUUAAAUUUUUGUUUGCAGUGUGCUAUAUGCAGUAUCCCAGCCUGUUCUGCAGAUGAAUCUGCAUGAGUAAGGGGGGGGGGGCGCGGGUUAGGAGUGAUUUUGCUUGUACUGUGUGGCAGAGUUAAACAGCUUCAGUUGUUGACCAAGACAAGACGCCCUACAUUCACAGAACAGUAGAACAGUUUGUAAGGGGUGGCAAGAAACAGCUCAUUCUCAAGCAUUUUUUAUUCAGUGCAUGUUUAGCCCCAGCUCUAUCUAUUUAAUGUAUUAGGGGAAUGUAGGUUUUUUUUAAGCAGAGAAGGGCAUACUGCAUUCUGUUUGUAUUGUAAUAAGAUUUGGUCCUAAGUGCUAGGUACCUCUACAAAGUGUAAUAGGUUUCUUUUAUCAGAAUGAGAGAUGGUGUUCAGAGCAUUAGUACACUGCUGCCUUGUGCUUUUUUUCAGGAUCAAGAAUACUAAAAAAUACAUCGCUAAAAGGGAGUAUUAUAGAAUCAUGUAUAUAGAAAUGUUAGAGGGCAAAUCCCUGCUCUCCUGACUUUGUUCUGUUCUGCAAGUUAUGUUGAGAGCUCAGCCCUUUUAUCGUUCCCACAGCAAUGUGGGACUCAUCACUACACAGCUUCAUGUGCAGUGAGUCACUGAGGCUGUCUGUGAGGGAUACUGUUGGGCAGGUGGAGCAAACAGUGUUGUUGCUCAGACCUGAGAUGUGUGGUUUGGGUGUACUCAGGCCAGAGUAAUGACUGGCCAGCCAUCACUGUGGACUGGACACUGCUAUAUUUCUAAACCUGGGGAGGGCCGUGCAGCCAAGCAAAAGUGGGGAGUAGCUGGCAGCUUCCACCGCAUACAGAGGGGUGUGACAAAAAAUACCAUCAGAUCCAAGUGAUCUGUCAACAUUUAUAUCUAUUCCCCUGCCAUGACUGCACUGUGUGGGUCUGUGCAGCUCUAAGCCUUGCAUCUCAGCGCUCCCCCAGCCAGCUGCAUGUUGCCUGAAUCAAACUGAGCCACAUGAAUCAAAAGCAUCAGAUAAUUAGUAUAGCAUUGUGCAGGAAUGUGUAGCUGUGAAUAUUUAGACUCCAGGACCAAUUUUGCUGGAUCAAAUCAGUGCUCUGCAGGGUAGUGCUAAGCAGGCUAUCACUGAGGUAAAGUAAUUUGAAAACAAAAUUUGAAACUCUAGCUUCUACAUUGGGGUAUAGUAAAUGUUGAAGGUCUGGCACUCCAAAACUUAGGUGGGUGCAAAUAAGUUGCUUUAAAGCACUGCAUUAAACUAGGUGCUGUUCUAUCACUGGUGGAGUAAAUCAAUUGAUAAAUUGAAAUUUUGUAGAGUAUUUUACUUCAUACUAAUGUCUUGAGUAAAAUUUUCUAUUGUGCAUUGGCACUACAGAUAGCUUGCAUUAAAUGUAUUUAUUGUCUUAAGUGUUUUUGCUGAAGCUAUCUUAGUUUUCCCUACUCAGUACAGCUAACAGAAUUGUAUCUUUUCUAACUGAAUUGAACUACCCUGCCUGCAUCUUUUGGAUAUUUCAGGUUCUCCUAUCCUUUAGCUGUUUCUCGUUGUUCGUUGCAUUCCAGACCCUCAUUCACUAAUUUGCAUUUGUUAUGGCUGUAGGAAAAUUAGAGUUGGGGGGAGAGUUAGGAUGCCAUUUUAAUAGUUGAUGUUCUGUGGUCUGUAUGCUUAGUAGGUGCUGAACAGUGAAAUCCAAACUAAACUUCAGAUAUGACCUUCUCCCAGAUUAUAUUAUAUUUUAAUAACUGCAGUUUACGUGAGCUGGGUAAAACCACUACUUGUGCUCUGCCAAUCCAGACCUUUUCCAUUUUUCAGUUUCUGUUUCCUGACUGCUGAAAAACUGACAGAUUUUUCUGUAAAAUGUGUGUAAGAAGCCAGCUGGAUCCUGCUUAAAUAUAGUCAGGUUUCCAACUCAUGAGUUGGAUGGAUUUGUUGCCAUCUAAAGGUGAAGGUGCUAAAGUACAAAUCCAUUCCUCGCGAAGGUACUUCGCAAUCAAUGAAACUGCAGAAACAGAAGAUCAGAAAUAAAACCAGAAAAUAUCAGAAACCUCAGCAUCCCUGGAAAGACCUGAAAUACUAACUUUGUUCUCGUUCCACAGAUGCUGCCGGACUUAUUGAAUAUUUCCAGAAUUUUCAGUUUUUAUUUUUGGCAGUAAUACACAGAUUAACAUGAUAAACACAAGAUGUUUUAGCAGUGAAGGGUCCAGUUCCUGCAGUUAAAUUUGUAUAACUAAAAUUUUGAAUCUUCAGUGUGAGCGGUAUUCCCCCUUCAAACUUUGGUUGACUAUCUAUUGAAAAUUUUUGGCCCACUUUCUUUGGUUUGUUAUAUCAUUCUGUCUCUCUGGUUUCUCUGGCCUCUCACCUACAGUAAAAGCACACACCUGUGAGAUUUUGUCAACCUUCUCAGUCUUGAGACCUUUUAAAAUUGCCUGGUGAUGACAAAAGAUGCCCUUCCUGGUAAAGGUGUACAUAAUUUUAUAUUUUUAUUGUGUGCAUGAGGCCAUACAGACACUUGAUCCUAUGCUGGCUCAGAGGAAAAUUAGUGGAGUAAUGAAAUUCUCUGAUUUGUAUUCUUCUCUUCUCUCCUCUGCCCUCCCCAUCUCUAACUUACACACCAGAGUUUGACAAUAGUGGCCAUUUAAACUACCAACCUGCACACUUUGCAAUAUGGGAGGAAGCCAGAGCAGUUGGGGGGAGGAGGAGUGUGAACUCCAUGCAGACAGCACCCGAGUCCCUGCAGUUAUAAGGUAGUAUGUGGCAUCCCUUUACAGGCUCUUUGACUUCAAGGCUAUUUUCCUCUAACUUGCAAAUAUACACAUCUUUCCCUGGUAGCACAUGAGAAUAAAUCAGUUCAUGUCUGCUUAUGACAAAAAGCUAACUACUUUGAAUAAAAUUUGGCUUUUUGAAACGAAAGAACCCUUUUCCUUAAACUCAAUUGGGUAAAAUCUUUGCUUAUGAAGACUUAGUGGUCAGGUGAGAUCUUCAGUUUGUGCUGCUUUCAUUUGGAUAGAUGACCAUAAGGAGGGAAAUUGGUUAGGAAGGAGUUGGGGCAAUUUACAGUGGGCAGCUCUAGCUUUGAGGGAUGUGGCAUGAAAUCCAGAUGGCUACUGGCAAAACAUGCAAACUUCACACAAACAGCAUCAAAGUUUAGGAUCAAACCUGGAUCCGAAAUGUAGCAGUUCCCUUAGCUGUGCUGCCAAGAUGCUAAUAGCUUUGAAUGGGGUUCUGGCAGUUUAGAUAUUGUUUCAGACCAGUAGUUGUUGACAAUGUUGACCAUUGCUGCAUGAAGCCCUAUGACAUGUGGUUUCCAUGCUUGGCCAUCAUUUGUGUUAGCACAAUGCUAGAUAAUUGCAAAGAAAUCUAAUUAUGUGAAAGAUUGUGUUCCUACCUGCAUGGGUAUACUCAUUUUAAAUCUUCAGUGACUUUCAAAGCAUAAUAGAAGGAUUUUCCAUGAAUCCUUUAAGCUACUUUCAGUCGAACCCAUGCUAUUGAUUUGCUGGGUUUAUUUAAUGAAAGCUGUUCUAUGUUGCUGUAAUAUUUUUCAUUCUCCGCCUUCACACAUUUACUGAUGUGUUUGUGCAUCAGUUUGAGUCUAAACCCCAUUGAUAGAAAGCCUUAUGUCUAUUCCUUUUGGUUUUGUUACGUUCCUGUUUGUGUCUGUAUACCAGGAGCUACAAUAGUACUCAAUCCACUUUUACUUCCUAGUUUGUCAUUGUGAGCCAUGUUUGUAUAACUUUACAGAGCAGUUGCAAUUUUGGAUGAGCAUCACAAGCAGAAUUGCAUAAGUGUAGCUUGUUCAUUGUUUUACUAGUGGGCUUAUUCUUUUCUGAAGUCUUUCUUACAGACCCAGGCUGCGUCUGCCGAAUGUGAGUACUUGUUUUGCCCCAAGUUACUGACCUGAGGUAUGAAAGGCAAUGAUUGGUUACUAUGAGAUUUCUCCUGUAGGCUGCUCAUUUUAAUAUAGCAGGGGUGCUCUUUAAAUGCAGGGAAGUGAAAGGUUUGGUUUCUGAGUGGAACAUUUAGUUCUGGAUGCAGUUACUCAAUUGUGGAAUACCUCAAGCCAUCUGGUUCUUCAUCUAAGACCAGUUAAAGAACAACAGGUGGCUGGGCUCAUCUCUUGUAUGUGGUUUCAGAAGCUGGGGUUACUCAGUGUAAAGCGAUCUGAGCAAAUUCUGUUUUUAUCACCUCCCUGGCUAUUGAAUGUAAUUGAAACACUUUCACUGCACUGGGAGGAGAUGGAGAGUGAAUUUGUCUGGGGUCGAGCAAUGGCGUUGGCUAAAUAUUUAUUUUAGUUGUUUACUUUUAAUUUCUGAAAAGUUAGCUAAGUAGGGAACAAGGCCAACUCAAAAGAAUGUUCCUGAUGGGAGGUAAAGAGAAGGUUGCUGUGUUGGCAAGAUUGAUUUAAGUUUGGCACCUUUUGCACUCAGCUUGCUAGUUCUCUCUUUGGGGCUCAAGUGCAGCUAAUGGAUGUGUGCUAGGUAAAUUCUUGUGCUGUAUGAAGCUCUCCUGACAUGAGUCUUAACAGGUACAAGGAUGAUGUGAACCAAUAGUGGAGCUAAGAAGACCUUUAUUGUCCAGCAAUUAACUCUGGAUCUAGAUAGUUGUUCUAUGUAAAAUGUGCUCAGUUCUGACACUCUAAAGACACCAGUUAAUGAACCCUUUCACUGGCAGGACCCACCUUUACGCUAUUGUGCUAUUAAUGUGUAUUGUUGGCAGUCUGCUCAGAUAGAUUUAACAAUGGCAUUAUCUGUAUUUUAACCUGAAUUGAGUCCUCCAUAUGAAGCUAUUUUAUUUAUCAGUUGUAUCUAUUCAUUUGUGCCAUUUAGAUUUCAGACUUGUAUAGCACACCUGGGUUUUCCUAUAUUGACAGUAUUUCUAGUGUGCAUUGAGAUAUUUGAAGUAUUAGCGCAUGUUGUGUAUGUGAGGGGCAAAGCAGGUAUUUGUUGGAGGGGAUGGUUAGUGAAGGCUGCCACCAUUUCUUCAUCCAAUGGUUGGUGGGGG